CCGUGUGCAACACGCGAGGUAAUGGCAAAACGUAUCGGACCUUACAAAAGAUACUUGCGAGGCACAGACGCAGUACCAAGGAGAACAAAGUUCAGAUGGAAUGCAAAAAGAAGCCAAGAAGAUGGCACUUCAAGUGCAAAUAAUGAAGAUGAUGACAGUUUGCUAAAUGUGAACAACAAUAAAGAUGACCGAGAAAACACAGAAGAUGACAUGAGUAAUGCAUCCAACAGUGAAGAUGAAGAUGAAGAGGAUGAAGUAGACAAUGAAAACGUUUCCACAACUAAGCUGUUGGGUACUGAUAUUCAAGAGAACGACAGUGAGGAUGAUCGAAUAAACACAGAAGAUGACAUGAGUAUUGCUUCCAACAGUGAAGAUGUAGAUAAUGAAGUGGACAAUGAUAAAUCCUCCACAAUUAGCCUAAUGGGUACUGACACUGAAGAGGUAAAUACACAAAUAUACAUCACACAGUUUUUACCUUUGGUUCAAUAA